AUGGAUCCUUGGGCCGCCAAUACCUCUUCAACCUUGCCUACCCUCUCUGCCGAGCAGCAACAUGUUGUUGAUGCUACUGUGCAGGCACGAACCAAUCAUCUUGAGUCUCUGUUAUCCCAGCUCACCAACGAAGUCCGUGCCUUGAAGACUUCCAAUCCACCCCAACCCAAACCAACUAGCCAAUCAAAAUCAGGCAAACAGCCUUCCGGGAAAGGCAAAGCCACUACUGUCAACCAUAGUAGCCAGCCAGUCAGAUCUAACAACACUAACAAAUCCGCCCCAGCACCACCCAAAGACUUAUCGCACGCAACCCCUAAACGCGCAGCUCGUGCGGCUUCAGCACCACCCGGAGUACAGAAACCCAAAUCUCAGAAGUCUGCUGCAAAAAAUAAGCCCCGAGUUGAAGCGAUAAAGCAAUCAUCCCAAAAACGGCAUCCCCAGCAAAUGCAAACCAGUGAUUUUCCCCAGGAGUUCAAAACAACAAAGAAUGCUCUCUUUGUCCAUAUCAAAAUCCUAUGGGGGCUUUUGAGGCAAGAUUCAGUUCCAUCAGCUCCUGAAUUGCAAACACUUCAAGAGUUCUACAACCGGUUCACCAAUGGUGAAGAGGUUGAGAAAGCAGCACAAGGUAACUCAUCCCCUCCACUCAUCAACUCGAACGAAGUGGAACUCUUCAAAGAAGCCCGUGCAGGAUCGAUCAAAUUUGGAAGAUCGGUCAUCCAUGUUGGCUCAAACAACAUCCGUUACGCUCAAGGCCUCAUGGUACGUCUUGGCUUGCGCGUGUGGUGCCCCAAUCUGGAAGAGGACGCUGCUUCACUUUAUAAUGCCGCCCACCGGAUUGCUGCCAUCACCACCUUUCAAGAACUCGUUGCCGGAAAAGCAUACACGUACAUGAAUGUGAACCCCAUGAUGGCCACCAAUUCUUCACUUUUGAUUCAAGCCUACAAUCACUUUUUACGAGACGCCCGAAAGGAGUUUGCAAUUCUUAAUCGAUUUCCCCAACGCUAUAUCGAUGUUCUUUCACAAAUUGGUGCCCACAGCGACGACGAGUUCGAUGAAAAGAAGGGAUUCUCCAAAAUCAAAACAUUGCCUUACCGCUCAAAGAACGCCAGCAAGUUUAUGCGCGCACUUGAUAUUGUCAUGAAGAAGGCCGCCGAACAAGAUCCAUCGUCCAGCAGAAAACGCCGAAUUUGCAAAUUGCCCAAACAACCUGUCCUUUCUAGUUACACAACGGCCCCAAAAGGUUUACCAAUCGACUUCUACGACCCAUCCUGGUACCAUCAAUUAGUACCGGCGCAACAAAAGACCAUCCCCAACACUCAAGCCGUCGCAUUCCUUCCUGAUGCCAGUCAAUCCUUAGGCCCUAAAAAACAAAGACACCCCGAUGAGAAGCUAAAAGACUCGUCAUUCACCCACAAGUACUGGGAGAUAAUGGUUGAGCCGUAUGGGCUCUUGGGAGAGGAUUCUUCGGACGAGGAUUCAGAUGUAGAAGAGGAAAGACAGGUUCAAGGCACUAGGAAUGCAGCAAACAACUCUGAUGACGAUGAAGGUCACGACUUGGGUGCCACAAGCCCAGACGAAUCACCGGAUGAGUUUUUGAGGAAGGAGAUGCUGGGGAUUUAUACAAUGACGACUUUGUGGUGA